GAAAGUUUUUCGAUACCAUGCCAGCUUGAAGGAGCCACAAAUUACAUAAAGAAGCUGCAGUUUAACUUGGAACAACUGAAGCAGAAAAAAGAAUGUAUCUUGAGGAAAGAUUCUGCAAAUUUGAGUGUGCCGAGAGGGAUUGAUUUGCCGAGCAUUGAUGUUCGUGUGACGGGCUCUGCUUUGGAGGUUGUCUUGAUAUCGGGAGAAAAUUAUCAGUUUAAGUUAAGUGAAAUUAUCCGAAUGUUGCACGAAGAAGGUGCUGAAGUUGUCUCGGCUAGCUUUUCGGUGCUUGAUGAUGCAUUUUUCCAUACUGUGCAUUGCAAG